UAACAGAAAGGAUAUUUGAAGCCACUGCGCUCUCUGGUCUAUUCUCAAUCAGACGGGCAGUCGGUGGGGGCACGUCUGAUUAGAAAUCUACUUUUUAGGGACUCAAUUGACACAUUAAAGGAUUACUACGCAAGUGACCAAAUAAGGGAACGUGUAGCCUACUCUACACUUUGACCAAUAAUUAUUUAUUAUACGAGGUUCCAUACUUUGGAUGAGUAUGCUCUUUUUUUCCCAUUAUUGUACAAGAGCCUUUAAACAACUUUAAAGGUUUGUGUUUUCUCUGUUUAUAGAAAGUUUCUAAGGUUUUCUAAUAACCUCCGUUUUAGAAAACCUGUCAUCGCAAGGAAAAACGUUCGAUACACAAGUCGCUGCCACACAGCGGGAAUAAGGACAAAAGCAUCUGUACCAACAACACAGGCGGUGUUGCCGCCACACUUCAAAGCGAAAUAACCUGUUAAAUGUGUCAAUGACUUUCAUACAUAUUCUGCUUUGGCUAAGUGAACAGACAUCCUGAGCAAGAACCAACAAAAACUAAUUUGAACUAUUAUGCAUACAUAGCUAAUUUGUAACUGUUUAAGUUAAAGACUCCCUUGAACCACUACGCUAUUUAUUUUAUAAAGGAAGAAUAACUUUUGUCUGAAGCUCUCCAACCUCUAGUUUCCUCUACACCGCAUGUGUUUUUGCUGAGUUUACUGCACAUUUCGUGUUUCUUGACAAGCAAAGCACUACACACGAAGCUGGAGUUACCAUACCAUUGUUCUCUUUUGAAGAGCGGACCCCUUUGUCUUCCACGGCCAAGAUGAGUGUGAACAUCUCCUCGCCCGCACCGGCGCCUACUCGUCCCCUGCGGCUGAAGCGGCUGGAGCUGGAUGACCCUCAGGAUGACACGGAAGCCCUGAAAUGCAAGCGUCCUCGGCUGAGCCUUCCACCCUCGUCCCCUGGCCUGGCCCCCUGCCUAAGGCCCCUGAGCCACAGCGCAGACUCCGACCAGCACUGUGUGUCCUGCAUUGGGCCCUACGUCCUGCUAGAACCCACAGAGGGGACAGAGACCUACAGGGCCUUCCACAGGGUUACGGAGCAGGAGUACACCUGCAGGGUGUUCUCUAUGAGGCGGUACCAGGAGUUCACCGCCCCCUACGUCCGCCUGCUGCCCCACGACAACAUUUGCCGCAUCGCCGAGGUGAUAACAGGCGAGCACAGCGUCUUUGUCUUCUUUCAACGCAACUACGGCGACAUGCACUCAUACGUGCGCACAUGCAAGCGGCUCCAGGAGGAGGAGGCGGUGCUUUUCUUCCGCCAGAUGGCGGUGGCGGUGGCACACUGUCACGAGCAUGGGGUGGUCCUGCGCGACCUCAAGCUGCGCAAGUUUGUCUUCGUAGACCAGCAGAGGACCAAACUUGUUCUUCAGAACCUGGAAGACUCCUGUCUGCUCCACGGGGACGACGACUCUCUUACGGACAAGCACGGCUGCCCGGCCUACGUGGGCCCAGAGAUCCUCAACUCGCACCACUCGUACUCAGGGAAGGCUGCUGAUGUCUGGAGCCUGGGCGUGGUGCUGUACACCAUGCUGGUGGGUCGCUACCCGUUCCAGGAUGUGGAACCUGCCGCUCUCUUUAGUAAGAUCCGCCGGGGGACCUUCACAGUGCCAGAGUCGCUCUCAGUGCGGGCUAAGUCGCUGGUGUGCUGCAUGCUGCGUAAAGCACCCUUGGAGAGACUGGAGGCCUCAGAAUUGCUGCUCCACCCGUGGCUGAACUGUUCCAAUAACACAACACCUCCCAACAUGCACCUCAACCCCAGGAACUGCACUGACCAAGUGGUCCCCAACUACACAGAAGAUACUAAGGACACAGGCUGUUUCUAGAAUAAAAAUAAUAAUGACCUCUGUCCCAGUGAUGCAAGUAGAGCAGUAUCAUCUCCAUAGAGGGACUACUGGUAAUGCAGGGUUUUUUCCUACCUACCUGACACUUAAGAAACAUAACAUAGUCAUAUGGCAUUACAUAUUUCCAAAGUAAACCUCUUAUGCUAAUGUCUAACUGCAGUUUGGUAUCAAAGCAGUCAAAGCUUUGUUAAUCUGUUGUUAGACAUUAGCAUGUAUAGAUGUUGAAGUUGUGCUUUUGAAGAAGUUGUGAACGUGUUAUGCAGGGCCCUUAAUCUAAAUUGUUACCAAAUGUAUUAUAUAGUUCGGUGUCAUGAAGCAUGUAUUUGUUUAGGUAGUGACAUUGCGGUUACGCAAAGCAGUAACUACUAACUACUGGAUCUCCUGGCAAUGUGUAACAGACGCCUCCUUCGAGUUAGAUGUAUAUCUGCUUGUCAAGGGUCCAAUGCAGUUAUUUCCACACUGCAGUGUAACCUCAAGAAAAGCGCUUUUCAAAAGCUACCCAACUAUUGUGCUUUAACCAAUGGACAUUGUUUUGUUGACUCAAUGGGAAUAACAGGUGAAAACAGUCCUCGGGAUCCCUUGCCCCAUAUAGAAGCAGACUGUCUAGCAGUAUUCCCUUUUUGCUGGAAGCAGUAAUUUGACCCAUUUUUGAUUGUGAGCAACUCUGUUGGGAACACUAAAUUGAAGCUGUAUACUGAACAAAAAUGUAAACACAACAAUUUCAAAGAUUUUACUGAGUUACAGUUCAUAGAAGGAAAUCAGUCAACUGAAAUAAUUUAAUUUGUCCCUAAUCUAUGGAUUUCACAUGACUGGGCAGGGGCCCACUGUGGAGCCAGGCCCAGACAAUUAGAAUGAGGUUUUCUCCACAAAAGAGCUUAAUUACAGACAGAAAUAGUCCUCAGCACCCCCUCCCCCCUCAGACGAUUCCGCAGGUGAAGAAGCCGGAUGUGGCGGUCCUGGGCUGGCGUGGUUACAUGAGGUCUGCGGUUCUGAGGCCGGUUA